AUGUUUGCAUCUUCUUUCCCCACGAGAACACCUCCUCAGCCCGAUCACCUUGUCCGUCCUGCCAGCGCAUCCCAUUCCAACCUCUACUUGAAACCUCUUUCUAGGUUUGAGGUAAUGCUUGCUACGGAGUAUUAUGCACUUGUCCGUUAUUUGGGUGUUCGUUGUUUUGAUUUCUUGGUUGACAUGGUCAUAGUACCGGCAACAACAGGCCAGAUGGGUAUUCUUCCUGGACAUGUACCAACAAUUGCUGAGUUGAAACCUGGGCUCCUGUCUGUACACGAAGGGAAUGACGUGAAAAAGUAUUUUGUUAGCAGUGGGUUUGCAUUCGUCCACGCAAACUCUUUUGCCGAUAUAAUAGCCGUUGAAGCUGUGCCAAUCGAACAAAUUGACCCAGCCUUGGUCCAAAAAGGGCUUGCAGAGUUCACCCAGAAGCUGAGCUCAGCCUCAACUGAUUCGGAGAAAGCCGAAGCCCAAAUUGGGGUGGAUGUGCACAGUGCUCUCAAUUCUGCUCUUUCAGGCUAGUUUGUGGGUUAUCUAUGCUUAUCCUUGAUUCAAUAAUUCUCACUUUUUUGUUGAUUCUCUAGACAUGUCUCAUUGGCAUUAAAGUAUGCUCCUGACAGAAACAUUAUUGAGUUUUUUGUAUUUUUCUGUGUUUUAAUAUGGAAUGAUAAGUCAUCUUUGGAUGGAUUUUAUUGUCUUGCUUCAGUUGGAAGGUUGAGCAGAAUAAUUAGUAAUGAGACAUUCUGGAUUCCUC